UUUCCUUUAAUGCACUUACAUACAGUAAACACAGGUCAGUGUGGAUCCUCCCCCCAUCAUGAAUCUCAUUGGACCUGCGCAGUGUCAAUCAACGAGAUUACAUGACGUCAUUGCGGUGCUGCACGCCCAUUGGCUGUGCGUCCAGCAUAAUAAUAAUCUAAGCGCCGAGCAGUUUGUUCACCAUGUUGGAUCAACUGCUCAUCAGAGUCGCCUUGUGACCAGCAGCGUUAGAGUCGGAUCAUGUCAGAGUCAGAGGCGGCGGAGCGACAAGGGCCCGACGUGUAGACAGCUUCAGGCGGACACCAACAGGGUUUACCGGGGCUCACCGACACCGACAGGACCAGGAGGGACUACACUGUCAGGUUGAACACCGUCUCCUCUCUCUCUGUCUCCGGGGUUACAACGACUCAACUUCUCUGGAUGUUAAGUGCGCUGAUGACACCGGGAACCGGAACCUGCUGAGCUCCUCAGGCUGUCUGUCUGUCGAUGGGGGAGAUCGAAUCGGUCUCCUGGCAACCGUCUCUUCUUCUCGCGUUCCGAGUCAUGGUCGAAGCUGCUCCUCCGUGUGUUGUGUUGUGUGUCCGGCUGAUGGGGGGCUCGUUGUUGUUGGGUCGUCGGUGUAAUAAUACUAUGUGAGAGGAGGAGGAGGAGGAGCGGAUGACCGAGGCCUGGGCCUGCUGCUACUACUGUGGCCUGGCUCUGAUUCAGCAGCUCCCGGUUCAGCACCGGAUCAGCAGCAGCAGCGGUGAUUACUGUACGGCUCGGAGAUUAGCCGUGUCUGGCCUCCUUUACACCACCACAAGGAGGAAAGUAGAUGCUGUGGUGGGUUCCGGACCGGAGGAGCACCGUGUGGACACUUUUAAAAGAUGAACGCGUUGUUUAUUCCCAUGUGACCCUCUUUAAAACCGGACUGUACCGAGAGACAGGAGGCUGAAGCUCAUCAUCACCACCUUCAUCAUCAUGAGGGACAUCUAGCACCACCGACCUGUCAUCUACACUGAGGGGGGUGCGGGUUGUUUUCUCUUCUACAUCCUUUGAUUUCUCAUCAUCGCUGGGAGGGGCUCUGAGCACACAUCUGUACACAUCUGUACACAUCUGUAGACACAGCUGGAUGCUGGAGGCUGUGCAUGACAUGCUAUCCUCUCUGUUAUUAGCUGCAGGCUGCAGCAGCCUCAUGGUGGCCGAGCAGGAGCAUUAAUCUAGAGGAAGUGGGUCACAUCCUUGUUGGCAUUAUGAUGAUGAUAAGGAGGCACACCGGAGCGGUUUCUCUACCCACGGACUGGAAGUAGCAGGUGUUGGAUCAUCUACACCCCUCACUCUCACUCUGUUUUCUCUAAGUUUGCUCAUCAUCUGUCAGAAGAGAGUUGGUCUACUGGGGCAUCUCUGUCAGAGAGCGUGUUGGUACCUGGAUCAGUGUUUUAUGGCUCUUUGCGGCACUACGGCUACAAAUGUCGCAAACAUGAUGGCUGCUUACACCGGUGGCUCCUCAGCAGUAGUGGCUGCCCAUCACCCGCAUCACCACCACCAGCUCCAGCACCUCCCGCCCCCCCACAUGCACCACCAACACCACCAUCAGCACCACGCGGGCCAGCAGCAUCACCUGCAGCAGCACCCGGGCUCUGCCGCCGCGGUGCACACCGUGGUGGUCCAGCAGCACUCCUCCUCCACGGCUGCUGCUGCUGCCGCUGCGGCCGCGGUGAUGCUCAAUCCCGGCCAGCAGCAGCAGCAGCCCUACUUCCCCUCUCCAGCCCCCGGACAAGCCCCCGGGCUGGCGGCUGCCGUGGCUCCAGCUCAGGUUCAGGCCGCCGCUUCGGUCAAAGCUCACCAGCAGCAGCAGCACCGGCAGCAGCAGCAGCAGCACGGCGGCCAACACCUGCAGCAGCAGCCGCUGGAUAUCGAGCCCGACCGGCCCAUCGGUUACGGAGCGUUUGGGGUUGUCUGGUCAGUGACCGACCCCAGAGAUGGAAAGCGAGUUGCCCUCAAAAAAAUGCCCAAUGUCUUCCAAAACCUUGUUUCUUGCAAGAGGGUAUUUCGGGAGCUGAAGAUGCUAUGCUUCUUCAAACAUGAAAACGUGCUCUCUGCUCUGGACAUACUACAACCUCCACACAUCGACUACUUUGAAGAAAUCUAUGUGGUGACUGAACUGAUGCAAAGUGACCUCCAUAAGAUCAUCGUAUCACCGCAGCCUCUGAGCUCAGACCACGCCAAAGUUUUUCUUUAUCAGAUUCUAAGAGGACUUAAAUACCUUCAUUCUGCUGGCAUUCUACACAGAGACAUCAAGCCUGGAAAUCUCCUGGUCAACAGCAACUGUGUGCUCAAGAUCUGUGAUUUUGGCCUGGCCCGAGUGGAGGAGUCAGAUGAGUCACGACACAUGACUCAGGAAGUGGUGACCCAGUACUACAGAGCUCCUGAGAUCCUCAUGGGGAGCCGCCAUUACAACAACUCCAUCGAUAUCUGGUCUGUGGGCUGCAUCUUCGCUGAGCUGCUGGGGCGACGCAUCCUCUUCCAAGCCCAGAGUCCCAUUCAGCAGCUGGAUUUAAUCACUGACCUGUUGGGGACUCCCUCUAUGGAAGCGAUGAGGACGGCGUGUGAAGGCGCUCGUGCGCACAUUGUCAGAGGACCUCACAAACAGCCAUCCCUCCCUGUUCUGUACACGCUGUCUAGCCAAGCAACCCAUGAAGCUGUCCACCUCCUCUGUAGGAUGCUGGUGUUUGAUCCGACAAAGAGGAUUUCAGCGAAGGACGCCCUGGCUCACCCCUACUUGGACGAAGGUCGACUGCGCUACCAUACAUGCAUGUGCAAGUGCUGCUACACCACAUCCUCUGGCCGUGUUUACACCAGUGACUUUGAGCCGGUCACUAAUCCCAAAUUUGAUGAUGACUUUGAGAAGAAUCUGAGCUCUGUGAGACAAGUCAAAGAGAUCAUCCAUCAGUUCAUUUUGGAGCAGCAGAAGGGGAGUCGAGUGCCACUCUGCAUUAACCCUCAAUCGGCUGCUUUCAAAAGCUUUAUCAGCUCCACAGUGGCUCAGCCCUCUGAAAUGCCUCCGUCUCCGCUGGUGUGGGAAUAGCUGCUGCUGCUGUGUGUCAUCAUCUUUCCCAACUGAGAAGCUGCUAAACUGGGAACAAGAAUGCGUCUCACCGUCUUCUAUCAUCUGCGUAGCAUUUCACUGGAGAGCAGGACUCACAGGUCUGCUGUGUGUAUGCUGAAAUAUGAAGAGAAAUGAAGAGAAAUCCACUGAUAAAUGCUUUAUGGGGGGGGGGGGGGGUGUGGGGGGGGGGUUAUUAGAGGGGUUUGGUAUGCAAAUGAUUGAGACAAAAUGCUCUGUAGACCAAAUCAGAAUGUUUUAAACAAACUCAUCUGGUUACUUCCAGGUAGAUAAGAUUUAACAGUUAUUGUACAUUUGUUUUGCUAUAUAUAUAUAUUAAUAUAAAUUUUAAAAAAGAUGUCUAUUUUAACAUUUCCCAUGCGAUCAGGCUACUCCGCAUUAUUAUGCCCACCUUCACCUCUGCAAGUGUAAAUUAAAUCCAACUUUGCUUCUUAUUCAGACAAUCGAUUGUAAUUGUGUUGGUAGGCUCAACGUUUGUCCAACUGAAAGCUCCCCAUAUUUUAUAUGAACGUGCUCUCGGGCACAUUGAUAUUUUAGCUUAUUAGAAAUGAGUUAUUACAGGCACGUUCCCCUGCAUCCCGUGUUCCCCUGCACAUUCGGCCAUAGUUUUUACUUCUCUAACUAUUAAUUUGCCAAAGAUCAGGAGCCUCAUGUAUAAAUGAAACAGAAAUAUGAAGGUUUGGGAUUCAAAAAAUGUUUAUUGUUUUCUACAUUAUGCUCAGUAAUGUGUCUGAGUGGACAUGUCGGGCCACAUGUUAGGGGUUCAGUAUAUUUGAAACAAACUAGUUUGUACGUGUCCUCUGAUGAGACUAAGGCGUUGCUAACUGUUCCAAGCAAUCUCUCUUGAAGGCGGGGUGCCAUCAUAGCCUCACCUGGUUGAGUCACACUGCCUCCCUGUUCUCUCGCCACACACACAAACUCCGACCUUUACACCUGGCAUUAAAAUGUGUCUUGUAUCUAGAUAUGAUUUAACCUGAUUCCAUUUACACCUGGUAGUAAAGUGUCUCCAGCGUCCACAUUGAGAUCCGAUCUCUCUGUCUGAAAUGGCUGAGACGAAGGCAAAGUGGUGGACCGGAGGAGCGCUGAGAGUGCACAUCCAGACGAAGAUUCGAAUAUUCGCUGUCCGAAGCUCCAGAGCCCAAAAAUGGUACUCGGGACAGCCCUAGCAUUACGUAUUUCCACCCACGUAGUUGUUGUAUGUGGACUGAAAACACAACUGCAUUUACACUUGUGUUCAGUGUGGUUACAAUGCGCCCCUGACCUCCUCCUCCGGAGGCCGAGCCGAUCACAAUCCGUCCUCAAUGCGGUUUGGGUGCAUUUACACCUGUACUUUCAUGUGGUCAAGCACUAUCUGAUCACCCAAAAUGCAUUUUAAUGCCAGGUGUUAAGGGGGUCUAAGUCACAAGAAUUGUUGUAUAUGUGAUGCGGGAAAGGUGUGGAGGGAGGUUCAGACACUUUUAGAUGAUCCGACAAAACACUCGACACAUUGGCUUUUACAACUGUAGAAGUGGUUAAUAAGUCUGUGUGUCUGUCAGCUCCUUUCAGAGUUCUUCUGUCCCCUGGUGGUCAAAAGUGGGUAGUGAUCGAAUGAUGAACAGUAUAUUAAUUUCAUUCAUAAUGUGCGUGAUUACUUUUGACUUGUUGAAGUUGUACGGUGAAAUGUAAGAGGCACAUACCCACUGGAGAUCUUACCUGUCAUUCCUUAUUCCUGUUUGUUGGUAUAGUUUUCUCUGUUUCAUGGUGGUGUCCUUCCACAUAGAACGCAUAUCCAAUCAGUUCACAGUUGGCAAAGCUUCUGUCACUUACUUAUACGGCCGUAACAUGGCACUUUUGUCUAUUUAUAUAAAAUAUAACGGAGAUGAAUUUAAUAGAAUGAAACUAAAUUGCAGCCUCGGACACAUCAACUAUUCACGGCUGUUGUCAAAGAAGAUGAGAGUAUACACAAAUCCACAAAUGUUUGGUGUCUUAAAAAGUGGACAUACGUACAGGAAUGUAUGUAUUGUUUAAAUAUAUUGGAAGUUUUACAUAUAUGUAUAACAAACAGGUAUUAGAACCAGUACAUGUAUGCAUGUAUGUGCUAUUUUGCGCAUGAUUUCAGAGGAGAAUAUAGAAUGCAGCCGUUUAUACAUGAGGCCCCUAAAUAUUUGUUUCUAAAUCUUGUUUGUAAUAUUAAGUUGAAGUUCCUCAGUCAGUCACAGUGGAGAGGUGUCAGGUAUCCCCUGAAAAAGCCAACAGCUUUAUUUCUGUUUGUCCACAGUGGUCAGUAGAUUAUUAUUAUUAUUAUUAUUAUUAUUAUUAUUAUUAUUAUUAAGAUACUGUUGUGUUGAGCUGAGGUGGAAUCUGCUUGGGUUUUUAGAUGAAUUGUGUUUAGUUGUUGAGAUAAUUCUCCUUGAAGGUGAGGGUUUAAAUGCUCACGUGCAUGUCACAUGAAGAAUUGAAUCAGUCUGUGAAUAGGAAAUAAGUUAAAAAAGGGAUGAGACUAAAAGCUGUCCUCACACUGCGCCCUGCUUCCAAACACGACUCCUCCGACUUCAGAGAGCCUACAGUCACUUCCUGUUCUGUUCUCCUUUGACCAGCCACAGCACUUGUACUGCUAAUCUUCACUUCAGUACUAAUGUAUGGCCAAACAUUCAAAUGAAUAGUUGUUCUUUUUUUUUUAUGAAUGAACGUGUGCUAUCUUCUUGUGUGCCUCCUGACUUCACUGCUUGGACAGUAUACGGUAACGAUUAACACACUCAGCCAAACUGAGCAAAAUUUUACCCCAAAGAGUAGGAAGAGAAAGAUUCAGGGAAAACAACACAAGACAGUCAAAACUGCUCUGAAGUGAAAUGUGCCAGCUCUCCAGUGUUCCCCCAAGGCCGCUGCUUGAUUUGCUCUCCGUUCAUACCACUAAAGUUGAAUCUUGUGGUAAAGAAACAUUCAGAUUUUCACAACAGUUUGUGUAGUGUGGGCCAUCCUUCCUGUUGUUUUUCUGAAGGCCAGUGGCCAUAAGGCUGUCAUGUCUCUGCUUGGAGUUGUUGCAUUUCAUCCCUCGCUUUCUCCCUACAUUUCCUGUCUGGUUCUCGACUGUGACCGUGAGAUUACUCGUUCAGCCCAGAGCUAUACUUCCUGCUUUGACCUGCUGUGGUUAUUCACAUCCAGUUCUGCUGCUUCAUUUUGGCUUUCUCUCUUCAAAUAACUGAUUAGUUAACUGGAUUAAAGCUGCUUGUCUGGUUUACCAUAUAACAUCUAGAGGGGAAUGUCAUUUUUAGGAGGUCAUGUCAGCAGUCACAUGUGUAUUUAAGGUCUGUUUGAAGCUGCACCAUCUAGCUUUGGACCAAUUCAGUUUUUAAUAGAUCAGACCAGUGGAGAAGGACUAGUGUCUCUUAUUUUGACCAGGUCUCAUUUGAAAUGUGUAUUUCUUUCGAAGUCUUCAUUUAGUUUGUUCUGUCGGUCGUAAAGGGUUAGGGUUAAAGGUUAAGGCUAUGUUUGUUCAGAUGUUCUGAGUAAUGGGGAUGAUGGCCAACACUAUGAGAAUCAGACCGACAGAUUGUAAAGAAAUCCUUCAAAGUACUAUAGAAGCAUAGAGAGAGAGCUGCUGUGGUAGCAUGCUACAGGCAAGAUCCAGUCUUCCCUUCAUGAAAAACAGGAGGUCUGUUCAGCUUGUUCUUUGGACCAGAAGUGACAAAUGGAGAACUGUCAGUGUUACGAACAAGAUAUCAAAAUGUAAAGAAGCCAGUUUAACCAGCAAUAUCAUCUUUUAAGGGUGUCCAUUCUGUGUUGUGGCUACUUGAAUAUAUCACCACAUGCUAUUGACCGACUCUGUCGUCAUGGAUCGCAUUCAAGCAGCUCACACCACAGAACGGAAACAAGUAGCAUAUGAAUGAUGUAUAAAUGAUGGCAUGGUCUCAUCUAUAAAAUGGUAAUCCAGUGCUCCUCCUCCUACAUUUACACUGUCUCCAGAAAAAAAAAAGAGCUUUCAAGUAAAUUAUUUAAUAUAUUUUUUAGAAUUGUUUUCUAUUCCUGUUCUUGUGUUCUAUACGGCAUGCGUUCUUCUCACACCUCAAAGUAUGAUCAUGUAUAUAUGUGAAAUAGAGAAGCAAAUCUACACACCAACCUGAAAUACAAUACCACUGUAUAGAAAUUGUAUUAGCCUGCACAUUUCUAAGGCUGUGAAGUUAAUUUUUAUUUUUUAAACUUGCAUACAAAUGUAUAUAUUUUCUUGAUUUUUACCCUGCAACUGAGAUGUGUAGAGAACAACAAAAUCCUGUACUGAUUCACAGAACACACUGUCAUGUUAAACUGUAUCCUGUGUGUGUACAGCCGAGUUGUAGAUAUGUCCAAGGAGAAGCCUUUUUUUGUUAUUGUUGUUGAUUAUUUCAUCACAGCAGCACUGUGUGAAUAUGUAUAGAAAUGAUUCACCGUGUUGGUCUCUACCUCUUGAGCUCAAUAACUUGGCUUUGUUUACCUCCACACCUUUCUGACUUCAUGUGGGGAUGAAUUAAAAACACUUGAAUGUCCAUUCAAGCUUUUAUAUGGAAAUGAUAACAUGUACCCCCAUCCCAACCCCCCACCUCCUUGCAGACCUUUCCUGCACUAUCUAAGUGCAAAGCAUUCACCUGAAAUUUUGAAUCAUCAGAUGUUUGUAUUACAAAGUAGUAUCUAGCAGUAGCCAAGGGUUCCCUGACUGUUAGGAGCUGAUGGGCAGGGAGAGUCACUUCCUCCACCACAGCGCUGUGUUCAAAGCUCCGUGUCAACGACUCCAUUUGAUUCAAGAAGAUUUUUUAAAGUUUCACAUAAUAAGCUUGCUUCUUCUUUUGACUUAUUUUCAGGCUACUGAGAAUUACGCUGCAUACUAUACGCAUAACUUAGUCAAUAUGUGACGCACUGAGCUGUAACUAUACCACGUCACCUCCUGAGACUGAUCACAGGUCUGAACUAAAUAGAAAAAAAAUAUAUAUUACAUGUCGCAAAGGGGAAUCUUACUGUCACUUAAAUCCUACAAAGUUAUUGAUGUUACAGAGCUGUUUGUUAGGAACGUUGUCGUCAUUAUGCCAGCUAGUUACUGUAGUAUUUCACCGGGAGUAGUAUGCAAUUCACGUACUAUUGGAAUUUGGGACGCAGCCUUAGACUAGUGUUUCAUUACUUUUCUGCAGGCUCUGUAUAUAAAUAUAUAUAUGGUUGGGGUUCAGUAGCAUCUUAUCCAAUGAGAAUAACUGAAUUCACUUAUUGAAUCCAUAUUGAACAGAGUUUAGAUUUGGCUUUCAAUAUUAGCAAGUAACUAAAGUUUUAUGAAUAAUUAAAACAAAAAUUCCAUUUAGAUCUUUUUAGAUCUUUUUUUUUUUUGCUUAAAAUAUUAAUAUGUGAAAUGGUUUGCUCAAAGAAGAGAGCAAUCAGAAGCCAGCUGUAGUAGUAUAUCAUUAGUUUCCAUUUAUUCAUAGAGUUGUGAUCGUCUGCAGGGUGUUUAUGUUCCAGUAACUGCACACUGUAGCUUCUUCUGCUUGUUGAGUUCUGUUUCUUCCUCGGUUGUUUCCAUUUAGAGCGCAUAUUGUACGGUGGCUCAGAGACCUUAAUGCACUGCAACCAAAACACAAAGAAAUAAAGAAAACACCUUCACCAUUUUCAAAAUACAAAUCAGCAUUUAGAAAAAACACAGUUGUCAAUUUGAAACCACACACGCACUCAGAGAAACGCUGCACGUCUAACAACAGUCAUUUACAGGUGACACUAAAAAACAUUGAAUGAUGUAUGAAUGUUAUCUAAAAAUGUUUUUAAUGGCUGUACACCUAAUGUAACGCCAUAUUGACAUUAUUACAGAAAAGCAGCUGCGUGGACGUUCAGAUUAGUUGAACUUUGACCUCAGCUGCACCUUUGUGACCGCAGCUAAUGUCUGAAGGCUGCUGCUGAGAUUAAAGAUGGAGAAUGUGUUUCUUCAUGCAACUACAAUCAUGAUCACAUUGAGAAUUCAUUGUGUUUUAUUAUCAAUUUGUGUUCUUUUCAUAUAUGUUGUCAAAAUGUUAAAGGUCUUUUCCUAUAUACUUGUAUUUUCUUAGUGCAUUAAACUCUCUUGGCCACUAUAAUAUUGCUCAAAAGUAUGAAAUGACCCGGAUCUAACUCCAGUUCUAUGAAUACAGACUUUCAAUAAUAUGAUAACAAUUUGAUUUCUGUCACGUGGCCAUAGUUUUACAUGGGAUAAUCCACUCCAAAUAACUUCCCAGUGGCACUGUGGAUUAUUCAUCAUUGUGGAUUAACCCUCAGCCAUUCAACGAGGACUACUCUCUAACAGAGGAGAUCAUAGAAAAGAGACAUGCCGUGGGUGUUUAUUGGGAACUGAAUGGGAAUUUUCUCAGGAAUGAACACAGCCAGCAGUGGUACGAGUCCCUCUCCCUCCCCAUCGCCUCUAUCAACUCUUUGUAUAGAUAUAUUAGUUUCCUAUAUGUUUUAUUUUGUGUUUGAAUUAAGUACUUGAAUCAAAUGAUGCUAAAUUUUAAAAAUGGUAGAGUAAUAACUGACAAACUUGUGUGAGACUAACCACAACUCAGCAACUACUGGACUAUUUGGAUUCAUAUAAUUUGCUGUCCUAUACAAUGUUUGUAUAUUUGAUGUUUUAAUCAGAUGCAUUGUAAUUUGAAUAAAACUUGCAGUAUAUACAGUACAAAGAUGUAUCUAUUAAACUCUGCGUUCAAGCAC